GCUCUUGGAGCCGCGUGGAGCUCCUCCAAUCAGUGAUCUACAUCUCGAUCCGUGUAUUCGAACCGAGUCCUCUUUUCGUGCAGCGACAGCAUCGUCCUCGCCAGGAGCCAGCAGUAACAGUAGAUCGCUAAGCGAGACAGACACAACUGUACCCGUCUUCUAAGCAGAGCUUAGAAACACAAAACAAAAACAAGGAAAACCCGAAAACCAAAACCGACAUUUUUCCCAUUUCCUUUUUGCUACGCGCACAAGAAGCCAACAAACCCCUGAACUAUAGAAUGGUAGAAGGUGAUUCCGCAAAGGGCAAAAGCGAAUCCUAUAAUGUAGAAGCUGGACUACAACCGAACUACAACCAGAGCGCAGCAAGCAACCAAGCAACCAACGCCAACGCUGGCCACCACCAACCCGCUGGCCAGACGCACUCGAUCGCCUCGAACGCCUCGACGCACAUCGACAACCGAGCGAUCAUCCAGCCGUACUCCCUGGGCACCGGAGCCAAGCAGCCGGAGUAUCAGUUCGCGGCGGACAACCGCGCGUACGAGCCGGACAACCAUGCCAAUGGCAAGCAGCAGGACGUAGAGCGUGCCGCCGGCGGAGAUGCACCCGAUGGACGCGGUCCUGCCGGGGGCCCGGGCAAGGGGCGCAAGAAGUCGGCACCGCUGCCGGAGCCAACCACUCCGAUAGUGGCCAACUUUGAGCGGGCCAUCGAGCUGUGCGGCUAUGGCAAGUUCCACUACAUUCUGUUGGCCAUCUGCGGCCUGGUCAGCACCUCCGAGGAGAUGGACGUCAUCUCGAUGUCGUUCAUCCUGCCCUCGGCGGAGUGCGAUCUGGACCUCAACACGGAGACGAAGGGCUGGCUUAACUCGAUCAUUUUUAUCGGCAUGAUGGUGGGCGCCUAUUUCUGGGGCAGCAUUGCGGACAGCUUUGGCCGCAAGAAGGUACUCAUUGUCAUCUCGUUCAUGAAUGCCCUCUGCAUUGUCGCCUCGUCCUUCUCGCAGUCCUACACCUUCUUCAUGCUGUUCCGGUUUCUCAAUGGUGCAGCUUUGGGCGGCAGUGGUCCUGUGAUCUGGUCGUACUUUGCCGAAUUCCAACCGAAGGCCAAGCGUGGCUCCAUGUUGAGCUUCAUGGCCGCCUUCUGGACAUUCGGUAAUUUGUUCGUGGCCAGUCUGGCCUGGCUGAUCAUCCCCACCAGCAUUGGCUUCAUAACGCCGUACUUCACAUAUAACUCGUGGCGCAUCUUCCUGUUGGUCUGCUCGCUGCCCUCGUUCCUGGUCGGCUUCCUGCUCUUCUACCUGCCCGAAUCGCCCAAGUUCCUGUUGACGCGCGGCAAGAAGGACCGCGCCCUGGCCAUCUUCCGUGGCAUCUUUGUGACGAACACGAAGCGCCGCCCCGAUGAGUACAUGGUCUACGACCUGGAGGUGGACGAGAAGCUGCUGGAGAGCUCGGCGAAUGGGAAGAACAAGUAUUCCAGGAUGGUCAGUGGCAUGGUGGAGCACAGUCGCGCCCUGUUCAAGUCACCCAUCCUGCGCUUCACCAUCGUCUCGAUCACGAUCAACUUUACAUUCCACAUUGGCUACUACGGCCUGUUGAUGUGGUUCCCGGAGCUCUUCAAUCGUUUCGAGGAGUACGAGAAGGCCUUCCCGGGCAAGUCCGCCGGCGUCUGCACGGUCACCGAUUAUGUGGUCAGCAUUGCCAACGAGGAGAGCAGCAAUGGCACUUGCUCCUCGGAGAUACCCCAAUCGGUGUUCAUGGAGUCACUCAUCUCGCUGGCCUCGGCCCUGCCCGCCAAUCUGCUGGCCAUCCUUGGCAUGGAUAUGCUGGGAAGGAAGUUCUUCCUCAUUGCCGGCACCAUGACCGCCGGCAUCUGUUCGGCGCUGAUGUACUUUGUGCGCAGCUCUGUCCAGAACCUGGUCGUCUCGGCCAUCUUCAGUGGCGCCAUUUCGGCGGCAAAUGCGGCCCUCGACUGCCUCAUCACCGAAGUAUUCCCCACCAAGCUCCGGGCCACCGGUGUGGCCAUCUCCAUGGUGGCAGCCCGUCUGGGCGGCAUCAUAGGCAACAUUGUGAUUGCCCAGCUGCUGGACAACUAUUGUCCCUCGCCGACAUUCAUCGUUUCGGGUCUGCUCAUCGGUGGCGGCCUCAUGUGCCUGCUCCUGCCCAACACGACGCGCAAGGAGCUCAAUUAAUCACAAUUACACCAAUCCCAAUCCCAGCCCCAAUCCAAUCCAAGUCACUAAUAACUUAUCAAGAAACAGUCUACCCAUUCUCAGAAAACGGAUAUAAGGUAUUCAAUCUUUAAAGACUCGGCGGAUGGGGUUAUAAAGAUGUUAUAAAUCCAUAUCUGGGAGAUAUUUAAAGAUGAUAUCUCUAAGAUAUUCUUUAACACUUUUCCUAACCGCAUCUGUUAGAUCUUUAAUCUUUAAUCAUAUAUCCGUUUUUAUUGUUUUUUUUUUUUCUAUCUCUCACCCCAAAAUCGGCAAUAGUAGAACCCAUUAAUUUUUUUUUGCAAAACCCAUUAGUAAUUUCCAAUUUGUUUGGCCGCCUCGCCACAUAAAGCGGGGCACAUCCUGUGUAUAUAUGGUGUGUGUGCUACAAUACACGAUUAUUUGUAUCGUCAGUAAUUAAUUAACGAUAGCGUUAACGAUAAAUCUAUCUACCGAUAUAAUCUAUAUAUCUUUCGGAAUUUAAACGACCAAAACACAAAACCAAAAUCGCCACUGGCAGCGCUGAAAGUGUCCAUCUGAAGGAGCCCCCCCAAGUAUUCCAGCUAAGUUUUAAACCAAAAAA